CUACACUGCAUCUAAUACACCAAGUACAAAUGCGCGUCGCAUAGUGCCUACAUGUAUAACUUAUAAGUAAAUCAUCACACCAAGCUUAUACACCAUACUCCGGAUAGUAGAUUUCCACACGCUCCAUCAACAGCCUGCCGUCUCUAUUGCGCAUAAAUUCUGGCUGCCGGUGGCCUUGUUUCGGAAAUCACCAGUCACUUUCAGCGCGGUAUAUGAGACCCAAAAUUGCUUAGCCUCUAUGUAAUAGUAGGAUCCGCGGUUGCGCGCCUGAAAAUAUGUUAGAGCCGUGGGAUGAAGUUAUCGCACUUCAGAAGGAGCGUCAGUUUUGCGCCGAUGAUGUGCAGUCUAUUAAAACGUCCUGUGCCAAGGACCAUGGCAAGAGGCAUCCUAUCGAAUGUCCAGAUUGCUGGACCCGCCUCCUCAACCGCAUAAGGGAUCGAUAUCUCAACUCUGCUUCUAAGGAAUGGUUUUCCGGCCGGCGACCGUUUCUACUCGAGCUUGAUACCAUGUUUUCUAAAGCUCACAAUUUCGAGGUCGAUCUUAAGACUAUCGAGCAGCGCAUAGUUGACGAGAAAAAAGAGUGGUACCGAGACAAAGUAAAAAAUAUAGGGCUUCAACAUAUUACAAAAUCCCCAACCGAGGAUCGAAUUCUACAGCAAAAGAUCAACGACCGGAGCAUAUCCGCAGAUCAGCUUGCUUCGGAACUGAGGGCGUCCUUUAGCGACGGCGCCGUGAAGAACCACGAAGCAUUCGACGAAUUUAUAGAACGGCUGAGACAUGCCAACCUACCCCAGGCACGGGUCGAAGCCUACAUUGAUAUAUUUUUUCAACCCGCUCACGACCCUUCGGGUGCGGCAAAAGCCCAGAAAUAUAUCGACAUGGUUAGAAACGGGACGCCAAUUGCGGAUACUAUCGGCGUCAUGAUCCGUGACCGGCAUUUGGCUAAAGGUGACCAAGAUCAGAAACAGGCACUUCAUAAGCAGCUCGAAGAACUGAAGAGAGCUAAAGCAGCACACGAACUGGGCAAGGCGAAGAGCGAUAAGGCCCGGCAGGAUAAAACCAGAGAAACCGCACCCCCUGAUGACUAUUACCCCCUACCGCUGUGUUCGGUAUGCUCGAAAACCCCUGAUGCGCAAGACUUUAUCAUAUGUCCCCUAUGCCAAAUUCUGGGCGAUUUUUAUAGACUUAGAGUCGAGCCUACUGUCUUUUGUUCUCGGAAGUGUGCAGACGAACGCUACGAAUCCCAUGUUGAAGCAAGACAUGAGUGUGCAUCCGGCCAGAAAUGUGUCCUCCUCCACGACGAAGAUGUCGAGAUGGAUGACGGAAGAAGUGUUUUGAUCUUCUGUCAGGAGUGUGUAGAAACGCUCGGCAUCCCAUCCGUCUUUUGCUCGGCUCGCUGCUUCAACGAGAACUUUCAGCAUCAUCGCGACGGUGUCCAUAUUCCCCGGCGGAAGAGUACUCAGCAUGAGGUUAAAGAUGAAAAUAAGCUUGAAUUCGACGCAGAAGAUAAGACGAGGUAUAGCGCCAGAAAAAUCGAAGAACACCUAGUCACAUUCGAUAAUGCUAUAGCAGAAUGGCAGCGGAAAACAAGCGCUACAGUGAAAUAAAGGCUACGAAGGGUAAUAUAAUGCAUAUAGAGGCCAACGACCCUGUAUCUUACCAAGUUAUAUCCGGACCCGAGAUAUACCUACUUGAGCAUGACUGGGGUGGGUAGAUACCUAUACCUAUGUACCUAUGUAGGUAAUGUAUGUAAAUAUACUGCGCUGGUAUUCCAAAGUGACCUUGUAGAUACGUAAUAAAUGCCCCGCAGUCAAAAUUACAUAAGCUUAAUAUCUCCGAGGGGUUAUUUGAUUUCAGUUGGAAGACCG